CUAUGUACUUGCAAUAAUUUCAAUGGUCUAUUUGCCAUUGCCGAGGUUCGAGCCCCACGUCUCCCCACAUCUUCUCCACAUCUCCAUUCAGGACUCUGGGGAAAACAACGUCAAAGUAAAUAUAUGUAUCGUAAUGUAGAAAAGUGCUUGCGUGAAUGCAACUUAGUUACCUGAAGCUUUUCGAACUCACACACUCAACCCUGCAAAAACAUGUCCUCACCGCCAGACCAACUCUGCCAUCCCACCUUGAAACAAACCCUUCGCGGCAAACUCACCUCGUCAACACUGGAAUUUCUCAAUUUGAAAUACGCACGCAUACCAGCACGCUACCAAGAUUCCAUCCUGAACGAUGAACUACUGAAAGCAGGAGCAGACGGUGUGGUAGACAACACCCGCUUCGGUCCCUCAUGUCCCCAACACCGCGGAGCCCAAGCGUGGGAUCUUACGCUUAUCGGCAGCGCAAAACUCAAUUAUUUCCAGGGCCAAGGACCCACAGAGAGAAUGGAUGAAUUUGAAUGUCUAAACUUGAACGUCACAGUGCCAAAAUCGGGUCUCGAAAAUGCUGCUACGACAUCAGGGCGCGAGCACCUACUCCCAGUCUUUGUGUGGGUGCACGGCGGCGGGCUGAGUAUGGGAUCGAAUAGCUGGCCGCAGUACCAGAUGAGGCGAUUCGUGGAGCGUAGUGCGGAGAUUGGGAAGCCCGUGAUUGGGGUUGGAAUAACCUAUCGCGUUAAUGUAUUUGGCUUCCUAGUGGGCGAAGAGAUUGGAUCGCGGGGAAAUAUGGGGUUCAAAGAUCAACUGCAGGCGUUUCGGUGGAUCAAACGACACAUUGCGGGGUUUGGGGGCGAUCCGAGUAAUGUUACUGCGGUGGGAGAGUCGGCGGGUGGGAUAUCGCUUUCGACGCUGCUUUGUGCUAAUGUGGGGGACGACGGGUUGUUUGAGAGAGUGGCGCUGAUGAGUGGUGAGGUAACGGUGAGGAAGUGGCGGAAUGGGUGGUGGCAGCAGAAGAUGCUGGAAGAUCAGUCCACGCAUUUGAAAUUGGAAAGAGGUAAUGCCGAGAGCAGAAGGAGAGCACUACUCGAUACGGAUGCGGAAGAACUGGCCCAGAAGAUGCCAAUGACUCAACAAUGGACUAUGGCUGUUGAUAAUGAGUUUUUCACGGCCCGAGUGACAAUCGAGUCGGUCAUGGAUGGAAAGAGCGAUGUGCACAAGCCUGCUUGGUGUAAGGAGGUUGUGAUAGGAGAUACAGAGCAUGAUGGGACUGUUCUCAAGGGCAGGGUUCUCGAUCCCCCCAAUGCAUUGGGUCGACUCAAACAGGCAUGUGCAAAAUACCUCACGGCAUCUGAAACCCAGAGGCUCCUAGCCGCGUACAAUCUGGAAAGAACGUUGCCAGAGAAACAAGAGGCAGAACGACUACUCGAGCUGGUCGGCGACCUGCGCUUCCACUUGGCUGCACUGUCAGCAUAUCGAGGCUGGAAAGCUGCUUCCCCACCAAGACGCGCUUCACGAUAUCAUUUCCAUAUUCCCAACCCUAUUGACGGUCCGUUCAAGGGCCUAUCUUCUCACGAACUCGAUGUCGCAUACCUUCUUAAUAACUUUGAAGAGCAUCUAGACGAGCACAACAGAAGUAUUGCGCUGGCAAUGCAGGACCGUUUUAUUAGGUAUGCCAAUGGCGAGGGGUGGGUCAAGGAGGGCAAGGUCGUAGUGUUUGAUGGCGAUGGGGUAACGGAAGUUGACGAAGAUCGUUAUGAUGCCAUCUAUCGUAAUGGUAGAGGUGCAAUAUUAGAGGAUAUUGGACUGACCAACCUGUGGCAUGUUGCUGACGUGUGGCAGGGUAUACGUCAAGAAGAACAAGAACUUGUCGAGUCUCGUAGCGAGUCGAAACUAUAACCAACAAAAUGCUACGAACCGUGUUGAUAGAGAUAACUGGUGUAUACUUUCUUCAAUAUGCUAUAAUU